AGAAUUACGUGGGCAGAUGAGGCAAUUUACUUGAUGAAGAAGAUAUGCAUGUCUUUGGUUUGAAGCCCAUGACUGAUCCUUUAAAUUUGGUAUGUGUAAUGCUUGUAAGAAGCCGGUCAAGGCCAGUCAAUAUGCUGCUCAUGCAGAACUCUGUAGGUCGCUAAAAAUCACAAAAGAAAUUAUUUUGGAGCUUGAUGGUAGUACAGGCCAUAGGAAACCUCCAAGGAAGGAAAGGAAGAAGUCACUAGCUGCUUAUGCUAACCAACCUACGCUAGUUGGGGACCAGGAAAGAUCUGAAAUUAUUGAUGCUGAUGAUGAGACUACAGCAUCUGAAUCCCUCAUGGAUGGGCAAAUUGGAAUGUCUUCAACUUUAACUGUGCAUGCAAAACGGAAGUCCGCUUGUACAGAUAGGGGAUAUCUGAUGGAUGGCUCAGGAAUUAGACCCCAGAAUACCGAUCAAUCAACCUCUGUUGUGCCAUCUUCUGCAAAACACUUUAAAUUGGUAGCUGUUGACCGCCUUCCCUUUCCGGAUGAUCCAAAAACGGCUUCUGGCAUGAAAAAGAUUCUAAAUUCUCAUGACCCAUAUACAUGUAAGGAGUUUCCAAUAGGAGCGGUUUCAGAAAGUGAAAUCCCUACGGAAGCCCUUGAAAACUGUCAACUGACAAAAAAUUUGCCUGGGCCUCUUACCAAAAUGUAUUAUUCUCAAAGAAAUAUUCGUCUUCGGUUAGCGCUUAGUCAUCGGUACUUUAUUACUACAACCAAAGAACUUUGCAGUGACAAGGCUAAUCGACAAGUGUCACAGCAAAGCACGAUGGCGUUACGGGAUUCAUCUCAGGUGGAUAAUCUGCUUACUCAGAAGCAAGAGUCUUCUCAGCAGAUAUCCAAUCAAGAUCUUGCUCAAAUUUCAGAAUUAUGCUCAAGUAAAUCUGAGAGGUACCUGCUGUCCAAUGACUUUUCAAAUUCACAUUCUGUUGAUAAUAUUCCUAGGCCUCAGGCUGAUUCUGUUGGAUUGACCCGAAGCAAAUAUGUUCCUGAGCAUGGUGCUUUUUCAAGCAACUCAGGUUGAUCAAUUGCAGACUAACUGCUGGGACCUUUGCAGCCUGCAAAUGAAAGUGUUCAUGUUGUAUAGACACUGCAGGGUUCAAUUUUUUGCUUGGCAAAGGUGUAUUUAACCAUAGAUGAGAUUAGGAUCCAUUUUGAAAACCUAGAAAAGCAUCUCUUCAAUUGUUCAUUCUAGUCUUGUGAAUUACACUUUCAAAACUGGCCUCUGUUUAUAUAUGCAUAGAAAUAAAGUAAAUACCUUUCAAUUACCAUU